GAUAGUGAGGAGAUGUUUGCUGUAUGUGACAAAAAAAUGUUUUGGCCUAAAAACGCGUGAAUUCGCUUAGAGCACCUUUAAUCUUACAACAAUUGGAAUAGCUCUAAUCAUUCUAUCGUAAAUAUUAACAAAACACUGCAGUUGGAAUUUCUCACAAAAUUAUCUAUACAGUAACAGAUUUCCAUAACGUAAAAAAAAAAAAAUGUAUUCCUCCCAGUUUACUAAAAAUUGCAUUGGGGACAAUAAACCGUUUAAUACUUUAAGUAAACAAUCUAUGUAAAGUGUAAAUUUGAAAAUAAAACCACCAGUAGGUGGCAGUAAAUCUUAAUGUGUCAUUCAGAUUCAUUCAGGAAUCACCGUUGCUUGGAGACGCGCAACAGUUCUGGUGUGGCUUUAUUUGAAACUAUUUUCACGAAAUCGAGCAAAAACAGACAGUAUUGUGGCUAAAAUUUUAAUAUUAGCUUGUUUAUUGGACUUCAAUCAGAUCACCCAACUGGCAUUGGUUUAGCGAACCUGAUUGAUAAGUUGCAGAAGAAUGCAGACAAGGUGGAGCAGAACAUCAUUGAAACAGAAAAGAAUUAUAACAGGGAUAUCAAGAAAAUUAAUGAAGGGAAGCAGCCCUUGUACCAGGAGGACACCAACAAUAUGCUCUUGAACUCACUGGAGAUACUGAAUAUUCUGGAUGAAGAAGCAGUCACAGCCUCUCGUUUGAAUCACCCUCAAUCUAAGAUGAUUGAGGAUGAUAUGAAACGGCUACGAGUGCGUGUGAUGAAGCUUUGCGAGGAUCAUGAUCGCAUUUACCAUAUUACACGAUCGGAGCAGGUUCCCACCACCAGCUUGGGAAAGAUGAUUGAUGAGAAACUAACAAGUGUGAACAAUAAAGGAUUCGGACAAGAUCUGGCCACCGUCGAGAAUGAAUUGAAGGAGCACAAUAUUUUCCACAGUGAAGUAGAGGCAUUGGCUCCACACAUCACUGCAGACUGGGAUGGUGUGGAUGGCCGGCUGUACAAUAAACUACUGGCAAGCUCCACUGCACGUCAGAAGAACCUGCUCAGUCUGUUUGAAUACAUGCAGCGCUGUACCAAUGAGCUCUACUGGAUGGACCAGCAAGCUGAAGAGCGAAUCGCAUAUGACUGGAGCAACAACAACCUUGACUACCCUGCCCGAAAGAAGCAGUACGAGGACUUCAUUUCUAAGUGUCUGGAGUCUAAAGAGAAAACCAUUGACCAGCUGAAUAAAGAUGGAGAGGAACUUAUUGAGCAGAACCAUCCGGCAAAAAAUGCAAUUGGGGCGCACAUGGAUGCCUUGCAUGCGGAUUGGAAGGAAUUCCUCAACCUGCUCAUCUGUGAAGAGAACAACCUUAAGAACAUGGAUGAUUAUCACAAAUUCCACAAGGAUGCAAUAGACUCCAGUAAUUUGCUGAAGCGUCUGCAAACCGAGAUCAACCAAAAGUAUAAUCCUGAGUUUAAAGACAUGUACCAGGUGGAGGUCCUGAUCGCUGAGCUGGAUGAUCAGGAAAAGGCCAUGGAGCAUUUUGACGAGCGACUGAAAGCUUUACAGAAGCGCAGCUUGCAGGUGCUCCCUCUGAAGUACCGCAGGGAGACUCCUCAGAAACUGCUCCCUCUCGAAGCUCUGUGUGAAUACGAGACUACUGAGGGUUCAAUUUUGCGAGGAGAGCGCUACACCUUGCUCAGAAACAAUGGGCACAAAUGGGAUGUAAAGGAUGCAAAUGGCCACACCAUGAGUGCUCCAGGAGUGUGCUUCAUAAUCCCACCAAUCGACCCUGAGGCUGUGGCCAUUGCUGAUAAUCUAAUAAACCUGCACAAAGGUAUCAAACAGAAAGUAACCAGCAGCAAACCUGCACUACAGGCUCGACUGGCAGAGCUAAAGAAGGAGAGUACAGGAGAUAAACAAGAGCAGCAAUGUCGUCAACUGAUGGCUGGGUUGGAUAAAGUGGUCCAUGUAAAGGUAGCUAAUGAUCUGGAUAAGCAGGAGAAGGCAGUUUACCCCCCAUUGGAGCAGACGCCUUCUGUUCAAGACUGCGCUGACAGGCUACAGGACAUAAAGUCCAAACAUAAUACUGAAGCUGGAACAUCACAGAAACAAGAGAGAUGCAAAUCAGGUGCUGAGUUUGUGGACAAGCACAGGACAAAGUUGAUCAGUGGGGUCUCACUGGUGGAGCCCAUUGCAGAUGACAUGAAACCUCUGAUUGGUGAUGCAAAAUACCAAAUCAUCUUAAAAUCAGAAACAACUCAUGCACAAAUGAGAAAGCUUCUGGACUUUUUGACCGUAGCUAGACUGAAAGAGGAACUUUACCAAAGUCUUAAAAAACAUGAGCACAUCCUUGUUGAAGAUUUGGAGCAUUCCGGGUAGAUGGGUUUCAUUUGGCUUACUGGCUGCGUUCCACUCCAAAUUUUUAUGCCCUUCACUUGCUAACUUGUGCAAGUGGAUUUGUGGCUUGUGGACUCGGAUGUACGUCAUUGCUUACGUUGCACGAGUGCACCACUACUGGCGGAACUCAUGCAUAUAAGGUUUAAAUGAAACGCACUAAGCCCUUGAUCACUUGGAAUUCACUAUGGAGUUGAUUUAUUAUUUAAACCCCUUUUGUACUUAUAGAAUGUUGCAUAAAACAAAUUCAUAUGCUUAUAAGUAUAUAAAAUAAGUAUAUGAGCUGUUAAAGAAAAAUAAAAUUACUCUAAUGAAACAAAAUGUCAAUAGUAUAAACUUUGACUUUGAAUAUAAAGUAGCUACAAUUAUUAUGUGAUUAAAUCUCAACAUAAUAUAUUAUACGCUAUUAUGCGAUUAAUUCCCAAAAUAAUCAAUGUAUCAUACACUUCAGUUAAGCGUGAUCUACUGUGACGUCACAAUCAAGCUGAAUUGUGGGAUAUAGAGCUGCUUGAAGCGUACAUCAGAGUAGACUCGCUCCCUCUGUCAAAAUCGAGCAGGCGAGGGUCUGUCCAUAUAAACUUACCUUGUCCACUUCACGAAGUGGAAGGCACUUAAAAAUGGUGGCAGGGAUUCCCCUGAGGGGAAUGCCAUCUGUACAGGAGCUGUCGCAGAAAUGGCUCGACAUGUGACAAAACUACUUUUAUCCUGUUACUUACAUGUUACUGAUCUACAGUUAUACUUAUCACUGAGUUCUAAGGAUCUGAAUAGUCUGGAUUUUGGAUGAAAAAUUGGAUGGCCUUUAACUUUUUAAAUACUGAAAAAACUUGUGAUGGUCAGAGCUUGAGUAAAAAUCAGAUUGAGCUUGCUCUUAAUUUUUCCGAACAUUAAGCAGGUAGUAUAUUUGGGUUUUUAUUUUGAUACCAAUUCAACCAAUCAAAUAUUUACUAGGUUAGGUUUUUUUUUUAAUUAUUAUUUUUAUUUUUAAUGAUACGGAGAAGCUUAUUCAAGCUUUUAUUUCUUCCAGUCCCAUCCUGGCUUUUAUGACUGCCUGAUUUUUAUUUUGAGGCAUGGAUUUGAGAUCCAGACUGUUUGCUGGCCAUGUCUUUGAGUUGAUGUGCCUUUCCUGAGGAAAUGCUUUAAAGGAACACUCCACUUUUUUUGAAACUCCCCUAGAGUUAAACAGUUGAGUUUUACAGUUUUCGAAUCCAUUCAGCCGAUCUCCGGCUCUGGCGCAGUGGCGUAGCCAGAUUUCCAGAUUUGUUAUUUUCACAUUGAUAUGUUACAAUGCAUGGUAAAAUGCAACAGCUGUUUUUAGACUUACUGGUUUGAUUAUUUCACAUGUUGCGGGUAGCCUCUGCUGUUAUAUCUUUGCGCGUGAGAGUUCGUUAUUAUGCGGUGAGUGGCAAUGUGAAGCGGCACCCGAGGCAUAUAUUAAUAUAUUUAAUAUAUAUUUUUAAAGUUAUAUAUUUAAGGUGAAAUGCUUAUUGUAGCCUAAAUAGAUGCUUAUAGAGUACCUCAGGGAUGACGCGUUUUUGUAGGCCAACCCGGAAGUUAGCGGCGCACGGGUUCCCUCAGUUGAAAGCCUAUGCAUUUUUCCCAUAGACUUUUGGAAAAUCGCAGAAAA